AUGGUGUAUUUAAGUUUCAAUCAUUAGUUACUAGAUAGUUUAGAUCUUCUAAAGAUAUUAUCAAUAAUAUAUAUCAAAUCAGGUUUGAUAUAGAUUGUCAUUGAAAAAAGUAAAUAACAAUUAAAACCUCCCAGAAAAAACAAUAAUUAUUAAGUAUCUAGAACCACUAUUAGGCAAUAUUCUUUCAUAUUAGAUUUAAAACUAAUCUAUAAUACAUACUCAAAGUAUCCUAAUCUAAUACUUCAUUAAACUUUGAAGUUAUUCAUAAUAAAGAAGAAGAAUCUCAUGUUGUUAAUUAAACUAAAAAGUUACUGCAUGAUAUAUUUAUUUAGAACAUCUUUUUUCCUUAUUAAUCUAUAUUAAAACAAACUUCCAAAUACAAAAAUACAGAAGCAAACAAAAAAUUAAUAAAAGAAAUUCACUUUUUACUUAGCUUAUGUCAAAAUUAAGAAUUAACUAAUAAUAGUAUCAUUAAAUUUGGAAAAGUAUAAAAUAGAUAAUAAAUCUAUGAAGAUAUAAAUUGCAAAAGAAAUUACCACAUUUCCCAAAAGUAGAAAAAAUGAAAAGAAAAUAAACUGA